AUGGAUUUUCAUAUACAGUGAGAAUUUUGGAAACCCAUAAUUCCAUGUACAUGAACUAGAUGGAAGAGAGAGAAGAGGGGCGGUUGCAGGGCAUGGACCUUUUGAGAUAACGGAUAGCAGGACGGGAUGGCAUGCGACUCCGCAUCGGGGGAAUGUAGUUAUAGGGUGUGGACAUAGAGACUCCAAGGAAACAGAGGGGUAGUUGGAAGACUCACCAUGUUGAAGAAACAAGCUCAAGCUCCAUCAGCCAAAGAUAACCGGUCGCCAGAACCGACGGGGGUUCAGUGGUCAGUGAGAGUCACUGCAGGGACGCAGUUGGAGAUGACCAAAUGAGGAGGGGGAGGGCGUGGAGGAGGGGGGGCGUGGAAGAAGUGGUUCACGAUGCCGGCGGGAGAGAGCUUAUUAGACAGGCUUAGUCUAAUGAGCCGUUCCUAUCAUGGAUCGAGAAUCCUCCCAUCCAGUUAUCGUAAUCGGUCGUAUGACCCGAAGCGGUGGAAACCCAGUGGUGAAUGGGUGGCGGGCGAUGCGGAGAGUUGCAGCGCAAUGGCCUGACCAGCCACAAUGCAGAGAGAGAGAGAGGCACAGAGAGGGAGAGAGUGUGUAUGGAAGAGAAGGAAAUACGGUGACAACGAUUGAGGAGAGAAAAGCAAUAGAUGAGCACUGCUGAUCGACCAGGUUGAGGUAAAUAAAAGGAACCAACCAGCGGGGGAAGAAGAGGAGGAUAUGACGAUGACGGCGCACCGACGUGAGGGGAUUAGCCCAAG